AUGAAUGCUCUUCCCACCCUGCCUGCCACCAAGAAGCGGAAAUCGGGGCAGGAGGUUCCUUCUUCGGCAGUAAAAAAUGGCCUCUGUCAGGUGGAAAGUUCUGAUAUAUUCAGUAUACACGACAGAUCAACUUUAAUGCAGAGCCGUGGAUCAACAUGUUCCGAUGAGUAUCAUACAGUUUGUCGACAAUGUCCAGUGGGACUAAAAGCGGACAUCUCACCAAAAAGCCCAGGACAGUCUCGCGCAAAGACCGACAACGCUGCAGCGAAAGCCGAAGUUGCAAACUCUAGUAAUUGCACGGCACCAGGAUCGAAGGACGCCCAGACAGCCUUUAAAAAUGGCAGCUCGCCCACUCGUGCCCGAACAGGGAACGACCAGUGCACUUACGAGGAGGCCUUAGCUAUUCGCUACCACGUGCGAGAAAUUGGUCUAGAGCACUUCUUCCAGAAUUCUGUCCUUGAGCAGCGCAUUCCACUGCAGACGUUGAGUACGGUCUUCGGUGUCACUCUACCUACUAGCCCAUCAGAUAUUCCAGAUAAUACUCUAUAUAAAAGACUAAGAAAGGCCAUCACAGUCGAUAUGGGCAAUCGCAUCAAGCUUCACAAGUACAACUCUGUCAAAGACGCCAUCGCUCUUGUUCAACAUUCCAAGAACAUAAUGGUCAUCACAGGCGCUGGCAUCUCGACUUCUCUCGAUAUACCUGACUUUCGCUCGCGUGGUGGCCUCUACUCCACACUACGGGAUAUGGGCUUUGAGGACCCAGAAAGCGUCUUCAGCCGAGACACCUUCGAACAAGAUCCGCGACCAUUCUUUUCGGUAGCUGCGAAGAUCCUGCCGCCAACGGACGGUAGAUAUACACCAGCCCAUGCCUUUCUCCGUCUCUUGCAAGACAAGGGCAAGCUUCUCACACUUUAUACACAAAAUAUUGACGGCAUUGAUCUCACAGCUGGAAUUAGAAGGGACAAGCUGGUGCAGCUUCAUGGCUCUUUCGAAACUGCAACAUGCAUAAGUUGUGCACACCGCGUCAGAGGCGAGGAGAUCUUUCCCCAGAUACGAAAGUGCGAGGUCCCAAUAUGUACUGAGUGCGCAAGAGAGCGUCAACUCCGCAUUGACCAAAUGAUCGCCAUGAGAGCACAAAACGGUAGAUCAGUGCGUCGGAAAACUCAAAGAAGCAGCGGAGAAUCCACUAGCGAGCCUGUCGGAAUCAUGAGACCCGAUAUCGUGUUCAUGGGUGAGCCACCCAGACCAUAUCUGAAACGCUUUCAGCGAGAUUGUGCCCAAGUGGAUUUGCUGAUUGUGAUGGGAACUUCUCUUCCUGUUGAGCCGGUCAAUACCAUGCCGAAUAAAAUACCUCCGGCAGUGCCACAAAUCUAUAUUGGCAAGAAUGAGAUGUCUCUAGAGGGAUCUAAGAGGAUCGACUUCGAUAUCCAGCUACUUGGCGAAUGUGAUGUCAUCGCAGAGCUGUUGGCGAGGGGAUGUGGAUGGGAUUUAAAACAUGAGAUGCUUUCCAGGGACACUGUCAUCGAGGCCGAGCCGUGGUGUUCUGGGCGACGUCAUUGUCAUGAGAUUCGCCAGCAGAAGAUACCAGCGAAGGACGUGGGUGUGAAGUCUGAACCAAAAGAGUAA